AUCAUUCAUAUAGUUUAUUUUAUUGGUAUUUCCGUGCGUCCAAUCCACUUAUUAACGUUGGCAGACAAGAUUUAGGAAAGCUUUAAAAGGUGUACUGUAUUGCCCAUGCUAGUGACCACACUCAAUACUUAUAUCAACACUCGUGUGAAAACAAACUAGCUGAGAGCUGAGAGCUCAGAUCUAAGAGCUAGGAGCCAAGAGAAUCUCGCUCUCAGAUAAAGUCUCCUGUGUGAAAAUGAGAGGUUUUUCCUGAAUUAUACCCUUCGAACAAAAACAGUGCUAGACAAAAAAGAAACAACCUCAUUUUUCUGGCCUCUCGAACUUGGGGUUUGCGGAGGCAUUGUAAACAUGAAAUCUUUGAGGUUCAGGCUACUAUUCAUUCUGACACUUCUAAUUACAAUUACCUAUCAUGCGAGCGUGGUUGCAAGAGAGAAGAAGUACCAAGAAAAGAAGACUUACAUCAUUCACAUGGAAGAAUCCACCAUGCCAGUGAGUUUCAGCGAUCGCAUCCAAUGGUAUGAUUCAUCUUUAAAAUCGGUAUCAGAUUCAGCCAACAUGCUUUAUGCCUAUACUGAGGUAUUCCAUGGCUUCUCCACGAGGCUAACUGCUGAGGAAGCCAAAUCACUUGAAGGCCAACCAGGGGUUCUUUCUGUCCUAGAAGAAAUGAAAUACGAGCUUCAUACUACUCACACGCCAGCGUUCCUUGGACUCGAAAAGGAUGAAGCACUGUUCUUCCCCGAUUCUAGUGCAGCAAGCGACGUAGUUGUUGGGGUUUUAGACACUGGUGUUUGGCCCGAGUUAAAAAGCUUCGAUGACACCGGACUAAGCGAGGUGCCUAAAAGCUGGAAAGGCGAGUGCGAGGUGGGAAAGAACUUCAGCUCAUCAAGUUGUAACAGAAAACUAAUUGGUGCAAGGUCCUUUUCAAAUGGGUAUGAAUCAGUUUAUGGGCCAAUUGAUGAGAACAUAGAAUCCAAGUCACCAAGGGAUGAUGAUGGCCAUGGAACGCACACAUCAACUACGACAACUGGGUCAGCUGUAGCUGAAGCUAGCCUAUUUGGCUAUGCUCCAGGGACAGCACGGGGGAUGGCCACACAUGCCAGGGUGGCCAUAUACAAAGUAUGCUGGAAUGGUGGCUGUUUUGGCUCUGACCUACUAGCCGGAAUGGACAAGGCUGUUCAAGAUGGUGUUGAUGUACUAUCGUUGUCAAUUGGCGGCUCAAUUUCUGAUUAUGAUAGAGAUAGCAUAGCCAUCGGAGCAUAUGGGGCGAUGUCAAAAGGGGUCUUCAUAUCAUGCUCAGCCGGAAAUGGCGGCCCUGGUUCCAGUACCCUGUCCAACGUUGCACCAUGGAUAACCACUGUAGGUGCUGGAACUCUAGACCGUGACUUCCCUGCAUAUGUCAGCCUUGGCAAUGGAAAGAAUUUCUCUGGCGUUUCACUUUAUAGUGGAAAGCCGUUAUCUGAUUCCUUGAUGCCACUUGUGUAUGGUGGUAACGUUAGCAGCUCCUCCAAUGGAAAUCUAUGCCUGUCUGGCAGUUUGAUUCCCGGGAAAGUUGCUGGGAAAAUUGUGGUCUGUGAUCGAGGGAUGAAUUCUAGGGUGCAAAAGGGACUGGUGGUAAAAGCCGCUGGUGGUGUAGGGAUGAUCUUAACAAACACUGAUUCCAGUGGGGAAGAACUGGUGGCUGACGCACAUCUUGUACCCACUGCAGCUGUUGGUCUUACAACUGCUAAUGCAAUAAAGAAAUAUAUGUUUUCAGAUUCCAAUCCAACAGCCACAAUUGCAUUUCAAGGCACCAAGUUGGAUGUCCAACCAUCACCGGUCGUGGCAGCGUUCAGUUCUAGAGGUCCAAACCAGAUAACACCAGACAUACUCAAACCGGAUUUGAUAGCACCAGGUGUUAAUAUCCUAGCUGGUUGGACUGGUGCAGCUGGACCUACGGGAUUGCAGGAAGACACUCGACGGGUGAGCUUCAACAUCAUUUCCGGUACAUCCAUGUCAUGCCCGCACAUAAGCGGCCUAGCAGCCCUACUCAAGGGAGCCCACCCAGAAUGGAGCCCGGCAGCUAUCAAGUCUGCACUGAUGACCACAUCCUACACCACCUACAAGAACGGCAAAACCAUACAAGAUGUUGCAACUGGGAAACCAGCGACACCAUUUGAUUAUGGCGCCGGACAUGUGAAUCCAGUAUCAGCCCUUGACCCAGGCCUUGUAUACGAUGCCACAGUUGAUGAUUACCUAGGUUUUCUCUGUGCCCUAAACUACACUUCAACUCGAAUUAAGACAGUCACAAAUCAAAGUUAUACCUGCGAGUUGGGGAAGAAAUACAGCGUGGGAGAUCUUAACUACCCCUCUUUUGCUGUUCCUCUGCAGACAUCCUCAGGUCAAGGUGGUGGUAGCAGUGCAGUGACUGUGGUUAAGUAUACAAGAACCUUGACUAAUGUCGGCACUCCGGCAACAUACAAGGUUUCAGUGUCUUCAGAGACACAGGCAGUGAAGAUAGUGGUUGACCCGGAAUCACUGACUUUCAGCAAACCUAAUGAGAUGAAGACAUAUACGGUUACCUUCACUGCUAGUUCAAUGCCAUCAGGAACUACAAGCUUUGCUCGUCUGGUAUGGUCGGAUGAACAGCACAAUGUUGGAAGUCCAAUAGCUUUUGGCUGGACAUAAUCAUAAUAACAUUUAAGUGGUAUAGCUCAGAAUCAUGAGUGGUAAAGUACCUCAAGUUGUAAAUAAAUCCUCUGUUUAAGAAUAAAUGAAUAACUAGUUUGUGUUUUACAUUUUAACA